AUAUAGUUGAGACUUGAGACUUGAGAAGCACCACUGAUAAUUUCAUAGGAACUCAGUAUUCAUAAUCAACUUAGCAUAUUCAGAUGGCUAGCAGCAGCAACUCCUCUUCUUCAGCUCUUAUGGCAUUGCCAAGGAGGAAGAAUUAUUAUGAUGUGUUUGUCACCUUUAGAGGCGAAGAUACUCGCUUCAACUUCAUUGAUCAUCUUUUUGCUGCCCUUCAAAGAAAAGGCAUUUUUGCAUUUAGAGACGACGCUAAUCUUCAAAAAGGUGAAUCCAUACCACCCGAGCUCAUUCGUGCAAUUGAAGGGUCUCAGGUUUUCAUUGCGGUCCUCUCCAAAAACUAUUCUUCCUCAACUUGGUGCUUGCGAGAAUUGGUACACAUCCUUGACUGCAGUCAAGUUUCUGGAAGACGUGUUCUUCCUGUUUUUUAUGAUGUUGAUCCUUCUGAGGUGAGACAUCAAAAAGGAAUUUACGGUGAAGCCUUUUCCAAACAUGAACAAACAUUCCAACAUGACUCUCAUGUGGUACAAAGUUGGAGGGAAGCUCUGACACAAGUGGGGAAUAUCUCUGGCUGGGAUCUUCGUGAUAAGCCUCAAUAUGCUGAGAUUAAAAAGAUUGUUGAAGAGAUAUUGAAUAUAUUGGGUCACAACUUUUCAUCUCUUCCAAAAGAACUAGUUGGUAUGAAUCCUCAUAUAGAAAAAGUAGUAAAUCUAUUACUUUUGGACUCGGUUGAUGAUGUUCGGGUUGUAGGAAUUUGUGGGAUGGGUGGAAUAGGGAAGACAACUCUGGCUACUGCUUUAUAUGGUCAAAUCUCUCAUCAAUUUGAUGCACGUUGUUUUAUUGAUGAUCUAAGCAAAAUAUAUAGACAUGAUGGUCAAGUUGGUGCACAAAAGCAAAUUCUACACCAAACUCUUGGCAAGGAACACUUUCAGAUAUGCAAUCUCUUUGACACGGAUGAUUCGAUACGACGUAGGUUACGUCGGCUACGAGCACUUAUCAUUCUCGAUAAUGUUGAUAAAGUUGAACAGCUCGAUAAGUUAGCUUUAAAUCGUGAAUGUUUAGGUGUAGGGAGUAGAAUCAUUAUAAUUUCUAGAGAUGAGCAUAUCUUGAAUGAGUAUGGAGUUGAUGAAGUUUACAAAGUUCCACUCUUGAAUGAGACCAACUCUCUUCAAUUAUUUUGUCAAAAAGCUUUCAAACUUGAUCAUAUUAUGAGUGGUUAUGAUAAACUGGCACUUGACACGCUAUCUUAUGCCAAUGGCCUACCACUAGCAAUUAAAGUAUUGGGCUCAUUUUUGUUUGGUCGAGAUAUCUCCGAAUGGAGAAGUGCAUUGGCUAGAUUGAAAGAAAGUCCAAACAAAGAUAUUAUGGAUGUGUUGCGAUUAAGUUUUGAUGGAUUGGAGAAUUUGGAAAAAGAAAUAUUUCUUGAUAUUGCUUGUUUUUUCGAAAGGUACGAUAAGGAAUGUCUUACAAAUAUUCUAAAUUGUUGUGGAUUUCAUCCAGAUAUCGGAUUAAGAAUUCUUAUUGAUAAAUCCCUUAUAAGCUUUUAUCACGGAGGUUGUGUAAUGCAUAGUUUGUUGGUAGAGUUGGGGAGGAAGAUUGUUCAAGAAAAUUCGACCAAAGACUUGAAAAAGUGGAGCAGGUUGUGGUUCCCCGAACAUUUCGACAAUGUAAUGUUGGAGAAUAUGGAAAAGAACGUCCAAGCCAUAGUUUUGGCCUACCACAGUCCAAGACAAAUAAAAAAAUUCGCAGCGGAAACAUUGUCAAAUAUGAAUCAUAUUAGGUUACUUAUACUCGAGAAUACGUACUUUUCAGGAAGCCUCAAUUACCUUUCAAAUGAAUUGAGAUAUGUUGAAUGGAACAGAUAUCCUUUCACGUAUUUGCCUAAGAGUUUUCAGCCCAACCAACUUGUUGAACUUCAUUUGAGCUAUAGCAGCAUCAAACAACUAUGGAAAGGCAAGAAGUAUCUACCCAAUUUGAGAAUUAUGGAUCUGAUGCACUCCAGAAACCUAAUCAAGCUGCCAGAUUUUGGAGAGGUUCCAAAUCUUGAGAUGCUGAAUCUGGCAGGAUGUGUAAAUCUGAUAAGCAUACCCAACAGCAUAUUUGUUCUCACCUCUCUUAAAUAUCUAAAUCUUUCUGGGUGUUCCAAAGUGUUUAACUAUCCAAAGCAUUUGAAGAAACUUGAUUCGAGUGAAACUGUACUACAUUCCCAAUCAAAAACUUCCUCCUUGAUAUUGACCACGAUUGGUUUACAUUCCUUGUAUCAGAAUGCACACAAAGGUUUAGUUAGUCGUUUGUUGUCAUCCUUGCCUAGCUUUUUCUUUUUGCGGGAACUUGAUAUUAGUUUUUGCGGUCUAAGCCAAAUCCCAGAUGCUAUUGGAUGUAUACGAUGGUUAGGAAGAUUAGUUUUAUCGGGAAACAAUUUUGUGACUCUGCCUAGUCUCAGGGAGCUUUCUAAACUUGUAUAUUUAGACUUGCAGUACUGCAAGCAGUUAAAUUUUUUGCCUGAGCUCCCUUUGCCUCACUCUUCAACUGUUGGUCAAAAUUGUGUGGUGGGAUUGUAUAUUUUUAACUGUCCUGAAUUGGGGGAGAGGGGUCAUUGUAGUAGAAUGACUUUAUCAUGGUUGAUACAAUUUCUUCAUGCCAACCAAGAAUCCUUUGCUUGCUUUCUUGAGACUGAUAUUGGUAUUGUUAUUCCUGGAAGUGAAAUACCAAGGUGGUUGAACAAUCAGAGCCUAGGUAAUUCAAUGAGCAUAAACCUAUCUUCCAUUGUGCAUGACAAAGAUUUUAUUGGCCUUGUAGCCUGUGUAGUAUUUUCUGUGAAACUUGAUUAUCCAAAUAUUACAACAAAUGAACUUGAAAAUAAUAUAUGCAUAAGUCUUGAUGAAGAUCAUACUCGUACUGGUUAUGGAUUCAAUUUUAGUUGUCCGGUAAUUUGUUAUGCGGAUCUUUUUACACCGGAAUCAGACCACACAUGGCUAUUAUAUCUCCCUUGGGAUCGCCUGAAUCCAGACAAAACAUUCAGGGGUUUUGAUCAUAUCACAAUGACAACUUUCAUUGAUGAAAGAGAAGGUUUGCAUGGGGAGGUGAAGAAAUGUGGGUAUCGUUGCAUAUUUAAACAGGAUCAACAACAGUUUAACUCAACAAUGAUGCACCACAGAAAUUCAUCUUCACAAAAGCGCAAGUUUUUGGCAAUUGAAGAUUAGGUACUACCACAGCCACAGCCACAUCUACAAUGACUCAUCUGAUUACAUAGAUCGAUCAUGAGCUGUAGAGACUGCAUUUGGUGGUGGUACUAGUCAACAAUGGUUGGAAACAAUAGGCAAAUCGGAUGCUCAAUUUGUAAUCUGCCUACAAUGUGUUUGAAAUUCCAUUUGCUGCUUCUUCAUCUGAAGGAAUUGAUUGAUUGAGACUAUUGGAUUGUCUGGUUCUUUUUAUAUUGAAUUUGUUGUAUUCUGCAAUUUUCUCAUGUUCAUAUUCCAUUGUGUAUUUGGACUAUUUUACUAUUGUCUUGUUCAUCAAACUCAGGAUGGGUUAUAUAUAAACUGAUGCAAUUGUAAUGGAAGUUCUAUAUGUUGGUAUCCUACAUUUUUUUUUUUAAUAUU